CCGGGCAGGGUUACUUCCGAGGCAACUGCGGAGACAGGAGGCACUGCCUGCCUUUGCGGGUUCAGGCCUAGCGCGCGCCGAGGAGCGUUCUGGAGAAAUCGGUUCCCCAGGGCCCGCUUCCGCCAGCGCAGACCCGCCGAGGCGGGCGCCCCGCCGCCCCUCGGCCGAACGCCGAUGCCCGCCGAGUCCGAGAGGCCCCGCGGCGGGGCCGGGCCAUGAGCCUGCUGGGCGGCCUCGCCCCCUCGCCGCGGGCCGCGCCGCCGUUCAAGGCCAGGAUGAAAAAGCUCCCGAAGCGGAGCCAGAACGAGAAGUACCGGCUCAAGUACCUGCGGCUGCGCAAAGCCGCCAAAGCCACGGUGUUUGAAAAUGCCGCUAUUUGCGAUGAAAUUGCUCGUCUUGAGGAAAAAUUUCUUAAAGCAAAAGAAGAAAGACGGUACCUGCUGAAGAAGCUCCUGCAGCUGCAGGCUCUGACUGAAGGGGAAGUGCCGCCUGCCGCUCCUGCUCACAGCUCCAGUUUGCCCCUGGCUUAUGGUGUGGCCAGCUCUGUGGGAACUCUGCAGGGAGCUGGGGCCAGUUCCGGGCCCAGCACGGGGGCUGAGGAACCAUUUGGGAAGAAAUCCAAGAAGGAGAAAAAAGAAAAAGGCAAAGAGAAUAACAAAUUGGAAGUUCUGAAGAAAACAUCCAAGAGAAAGAAAAUGGAGGGAGGUGCUCGCAAGCUGGUUCAGCCCAUUGCCCUGGAUCCCUCAGGACGGCCUGUGUUCCCCAUCGGACUGGGGGGUCUAACAGUAUAUAGCCUGGGGGAGAUCAUCACCGACCGACCUGGCUUCCAUGAUGAGAGUGCCAUCUACCCUGUGGGCUACUGCAGUACUCGAAUAUAUGCCAGCAUGAAGUGCCCAGACGAAAAGUGUCUGUAUACCUGUCAGAUCAAGGAUGGCGGUGCACAGCCGCAGUUUGAAAUCGUUCCUGAAGAUGACCCUCAGAAUGCCAUUGUCAGCUCUUCUGCAAACGCCUGUCAUGCAGAACUGCUCAAGGCCAUAAGGGCUACUCUGGGGAAAUUAAUGCCUGACCUGCUUCCAUCUGGAGCUGACUUCUUUGGGUUUUCUCACCCAACCGUCCACAACCUGAUCCAGAGUUGUCCAGGAGCUCGAAAAUGUGUCAAUUACCAGUGGGUGAAAUACGAUGUGUGCAAACCUGGAGAUGGGCCGCUGCCCCAAGGACCGCUGGAGAAUGAUGCAGCUAUAAGCUUUGAAGCCUUUCAGAGACAGAUCUUUGAUGAAGAGCAUAGUGAUGAUCCCAUUCUGCAAGGAAUUUCCCCCCCCAGGAUCCUUGGACCUCCCGGAGCUUCAGCCUACAGCCUUUGUGUCUUACCAGCCCCUGUUCCUGACAGAUGAACCCUUGGUAGAUGGUCACCUACAGCACUUGAAGUCUCCACCGCAAUGCAGCCCAACGCAGUCUUCAGAUUGAACGAGGAGGGAUCAGAUACCACAUCAUUUUCAUCAUGAUGAUUUUAACUUCAACUAAAACUUAAAAUAUAUGGAAAGAGGCAGCAAUUUAAAAGUGAAGAUUAAAUUAACACAUUUUGUCAUGGAGGUUCCCAUGGUGACAGUUUUCUCUGAGAAAAACUUCACCUGCUUUAUUUUUAGUAAUAAAUUUCUCUUGACAACA